AUGGAUCCACAAUAGUAAUAGUAAAGAGAACAAUCAUUAAGGAAUCAUUUUGAUAUUUAAUAGAAUAGAAAUAAUCUUAAUACAAAUAAUAGUGAUAAAUUAAAUGAGAAACCUUAUAAAUAUAUUGUAUUAACAAAAUAGAAAUAAGCUCGUAAAAAUCAGCAUUUUGAAUAAGAUACCAAUCGAAAUUAAGAUUCUUAAGAAUAGUUUUAAAAUUAAAAAAUAUUAUCAGAAACUUAAUAGAUUUAAUCAUAUGAAAAUAUUAUAAGAAAUAAUUCAACCAAAUAGGUUAUUAAUUCUAUACCUGAAAUUAAGAUAUUGCCACUUCGAGGAUACAAUGAUGAUUAGAAAUAAUAAAAUAGUAUUUUAUCGUAGCCAAUUCAAAAUAUUAAUUAUAAAGUUUAAAAUGAUUAAUCUAUUAAUAUAACUUUAGAAAUUAAUAAUCAAUCAUAUAUGUCACCUUCUAAACCUCCUCCAUUAAAAGGUUAUAAAGAUAGAUAAAAUGAAGAAUCAAAAGUAAUAUAAUUAACAAGAUCAAAUGAUAAAAGAAUUUAUUUAGAUACUGAAUAAAUCAAAUAUAUAUAACAAAACACUUCUAAAAGAUUUGACAUUGAUAAAUCAGAAAAACAUAGAAUUACUCAAAUAAAUUUUGUACAAUAUUCAGUAUUAAAGAAUGUUUCGCUGUUGUUGAAAGUAUUUUUAAAUUAACAGAAUUAAAUUAAAUUCACAUAUAUCUUAGAUCAUCUGUAGAUAAUUAUGAAAUUCAAGCAGGAAUCAUUAAUUUGACAUAAAUAAAAUAAAAAUCUGCAUUUCCAAAAGUUUAUGGUUUAAAUGAAAAAGGAGGUAAUUUAUUUAUAUAAUUUAGAAUGUUUAUCUAGUUAAACUAAAACUCCCAUUAAAUUGCUUUUAAAUUAAUCCUAUUUAUUUGCAUAUCUAAAAGAGUAUAAAAAUCUAGUUUGCUUAGAUUUAAUGAAAAAUACUUAAUAUGCGAUUCAAUUACCUAAUGAUGAAAACUGUGAUUAUGUUUUCUUUAUAAAAAUGAGUAACCUAGAAAUCUAACUUAUAUGA